CGGGCGGAGCCGGGCCGGGGACCCCCCCCCCCACCCCGUGCCCUCCCCGGCACCUCUCCUACGCCGUCUCCUUGACGGAGCACUAGCAUGAGCCGGGCACGCUGCCUUCCUCCGCCGUCUAUGGAAGGGGACGGGAAGAGGCGAGCGGCCGCCCGACCCACCUUCGACGAGCGGGACGCCUUCAGGGAAUCCUGAUCGAGCCCCCAGACCUGCAAGAGCCGGCGCCUUCCCGCGUCCCGCCGGCAGCAUGGUUGGGCUCCAGCCCAGCGAGGUGCCCCCGACGGCCGCUGUGAAGCUCGUGGGGGCCGGCGCGGCCGCCUGCGUCGCCGACCUUGUCACCUUCCCGCUGGACACGGCCAAAGUGCGGCUGCAGAUCCAGGGGGAAGCCGGGGGCAGCGCGCCGGCCGCCCGGUACAAGGGCGUCUUCGGCACCAUGGCCACCAUGGUGAAGACGGAGGGGCCCGGGAGCCUCUACAGCGGGCUGGUGGCGGGGCUCCAGCGCCAGCUGGGCUUCGCCUCCGUCCGCAUCGGCCUCUACGACUCGGUGAAGCAGUUCUACACCCGAGGCUCCGAGCACGCCGGGCUCGGGAGCCGGCUGCUCGCCGGCUGCACCACGGGGGCCAUGGCCGUGGCCGUCGCCCAGCCCACGGACGUGGUGAAGGUGCGCUUCCAAGCCCAGGCCCGCGCGCGGGGCCCCCGCCGCUACCAGGGCACCGUGGACGCCUACAAGACCAUCGCCAGGGAGGAGGGAGUCCGCGGGCUGUGGAAAGGCACGGCCCCCAACGCGGCCCGCAACGCCGUCGUGAACUGCGCCGAGCUGGUCACCUACGACCUCGUCAAGGAGGCGCUGCUCGCGUCCCACCUGAUGACGGAUAACCUGCCGUGCCACUUCGUCGCCGCCUUCGGGGCCGGCUUCUGCGCCACGCUGGUGGCCUCCCCCGUGGACGUGGUGAAGACGCGGUACAUGAACUCCGUGCCAGGGCAGUACGGCAGCGCCGGGUGCUGCGCCCUCGUCAUGCUCCGAAGGGAAGGGCCCGCCGCUUUCUACAAGGGGUUCACGCCCUCCUUCCUGCGCCUGGGCUCCUGGAACGUGGUGAUGUUCGUGACCUACGAGCAGCUGAAACGGGCCCUGAUGGCCGCCCGCCGCUCGGGGGAAGCCCCCUUCUGAGCCCACCGCCCACCCCGACCUCCCGCCCACGCUGAAGGGCGUCGCGGCAUCUCGGAGCCCCGUGCUCUCCAGGAAGAGGAGGAGGAGGAGCUCGCCAUGACUGGAGCAAGGCUUCAAGUAAAGCCCUGGGAGCUGGCUGGACGGUGAGGAGAACCAGGGCCACCAGCUCCCUCCAAAAAUUGUCUUCUCCUCGCGGCUGUCGCUGGGGCAGAGCACGGCAGCGACUGAGCAGAGGCCAAAACCGAUGCGGAUUGGAGCCAGAAAAACACCGUCUCCCAGGCGCUCUGCGGUUGUAGGGUGCCAGACAAAUCCCUAGUGUUUACCCAGGUACCAGAGCUUUAUUGCUCGGAGGAGAGCGGGGCAUCCUCUCCUCCCCCUAGCACAGGAGGGCGUUUUUCAAGAGCUUUUUCUUGUCGGGCGUGAGCUGCUUCGGAAAGGCGAUUUCGAAAUAGAUGACGAGAUCGCCUUUGCGCGCGGGGUCCUGGCACAGCGGCAUCCCCUCCCCUGGCACGACUUUACAGUACUUGGGGCUGCAAAACAAAGGGAAGGGCUGAGAGGAGCAGCGAGAUGCUCCCGGCCCCCGGAGCCGAGCGCUGGGGGGGGUCACGGGCCUUUGGCGCUAGGGCAGCGAGGCCGGACGGGUGCAACGUGUUCUUCCUCGCCCGGGAGGAACAGGCUGACGCCGAGGGUCCUCCCUCGGCGCCUGUUCGCCUGCUGGAGACCUGUUCACCCAUGGAGACACCGUGUCCCAACGCCGGCACCGGCGACACUUACUCCACGAUGUCGUUGAUGGGGAUGUUGAGCAGCCGCCCGUCCAGCGUCUUCACGUCCACUGUGCAGCCGACCAGCGCCUGCGGGACACGGAGCGGGGCCCUGAGCCGCCAUUUCCCCCCGGCGGACCCCUUUUUUUGAUCGUCACGCGAGCAAAGGCGGUGGCCAAGGAGGACAGCUGCCCUUCGCAGCCUCCCACGCUCCUCCACGCGCUUGGCGGCUGCUCUCAGGCCCUUGGCGACACGUGUUAGCUAAUUAUAAACGCGCAGCCGAGAAAAACCAGCCACCCCGCAGCCAGGCUGGAUCUCCAAAGCCCGGUGUCUCCUCCCCGCUCCCCACAUUCCACAGCCGCCUGCGGUGGAAGAACCGGAGAGCAGGGUCUGGCUCAAGCGCUCCUCUCUGCUCAGCAGGGCCCCGGGAAGAGCUUUACCUUUCCCAGGGGGAUGGCGGCUACGUAAAUGAGAUUGUCGUCUGCUCUUUUAAACCUGGGGUGGAGUUUCUCUUGGACGAUGAAGGUGAUGUCGGCUGGAAUGAUGUUUGGGCCCUAAAAUCAAGGAAAAAGGAUACCUGGAAAUGGUUCGGUAUAACAAAACAAUUUUAUGUCGGGAGAGGUGACAGAGAUGAAUGCCCUUUUUUGUUGCUGCUUCCAGCUGGCUGGGGAGAAAGGAGAAGUAUUUUCUUAAAAGAAAAAAUCCAACCUAGUAAUUUUUACAGUAGAAACCAGGGUGUCACGUUUCCCGUUUGUCACAGAGACUCCGGGAGCGGCUGGAGAUGGGGAGGGAGCCGAUAGGGCAAGUCCCACAGCACAAAAGCUCAGCGAGUAAAGCAGGAAGAACA